AUAGGAGAAGUGAGGAGAGAAUGUUGGUCUCACCUCCCAAGAAAAAAAUGUGAUCCAGCCUCAUUCCGUGCAGAAAAGAUUCAGGACAGACAAGUGAGAAGCUGGGGGUGUGCUCACUGUCAGUUUUGUGAAGCAGUAACGAGACUCCAAAGAAGUUUUCUGGGCAGGUAUCACAUCACAGUGGAAUAAGAAGGAAGGAAAAGAGCCAAUUUAUGAUCCCAUCAGAGGCAAGGAUUAGAAAUUUCAGGAGUCAGCCCAGAAAUCUCAGGGGUGCAGUGACAAUGAAGCUUGAAGACAAGCGUGCAGGUAAUGAGAGUCUUGUAGGAAAGAGUCAGCAGUAUCUAGGUGAGAAGCAUGGAGCAAAUGAGAAACCAGUAACAAAUGGGAGAGGUGAGGACUCUGUAAAGGAGGAGGCAAAUGGGAAAUGCGACACGGCCAGAAAAAGCCUCAACAGGUACAGCUGGCAGGAGAUCCAGAGACACAAUCAGAAGGACGAUCAGUGGCUGGUGAUCCAUCACAAGGUCUACGAUGUUACCGGCUGGGCCAAGAGGCAUCCAGGCGGGCAGCGGAUCCUCAACCACUACGCUGGCGAAGAUGCCACGGAGGUCUUCAGAGCCAUGCACCUGAAGCUUGACACUGUAAAACUGUACCUUAAGCCACUGCUCAUCGGAGAGCUUGCCCCAGAAGAGCCCAACCAGGAGAGAAACAAAAAUUCCCAGUUGGUGGAAGAUUUCCAAGAAUUGCGGAGAACAUUAGAGGCCAUGAACAUGUUCAAGGCCAACUGGGUGUUCUUCUUCCUUCACUUGGCUCAUAUCUUGAUUUUGGAGACCCUAGCUUGGCUAAUAGUGUGGCAUUUUGGCAACGGCUGGCUUGUGACAAUAUUCAUUUCCUUUCUUCUCACAAUUUCCCAGAUUCAGAGUGCAUUUCUGCAGCAUGACGCGGGACACUGUUCCGUGUUUACGAAUCCCAAGUGGAACCACUUGAUGCAGAAAUUUCUGAUGAGUCAUCUCAAGGGCCUAUCAACAAAAUGGUGGAAUCACGACCACUUCCAACAUCAUGUGAAAACAAACAUCUAUCCCAAAGACCCAGAUAUUAAUGUGGGCCCACUUUUCCUGGUUGGAGAUAUACAACCUGUCAAGUAUGGCAAGAAGAAAAUCAAACACAUCAACUAUGAAAAGCAGCACCUGUAUUUCUACUUGGUUGUGAUCCCCCUCUUUGGGCCUGUAUUUAUCAUCCUGAAAUCCAUGCAAUCGAUGUACUUCCAAAGAUUUUGGGAGGACAUUGCUUGGGUCAGCAGCUUUUACAUCCGCCAUUUCAUCAUGUUAGGCCCUUUUUAUGGAAUCUUUGGAACCAUAUUGCUCAUAUUCAUGGUCAAGUUUCUUGAAAGUCCCUGGAUGACAUAUGUUACCCAUAUGAGCCAUACAUCAAUGAAAAUGAGCACAGAGGAGAAGAAGGACUGGUUCAGCACCCAGGUCUUGGCCACCUGUAAUAUUGAACAGUCCUUUUUUAAUGACUGGUUCACUGGGCACCAGAACUUCCAAAUCAAGCACCAUCUGUUUCCCAUAAUGCCAUGCCAUAAUUAUCACAAGGUGGCACCCCUGGUGAGGUCACUGUGUGCCAAGCAUGGAUUGCUGUAUGUGAAUAAGCCCCUGUUGGAAGCAUUUGGAGAUAUUGUCAGGGCCUUAAAGAAAUCUGCAGCCCUCUGGAGGGAUGCUUACUAUGAAACAUGAAGCAGAGCAUCAACCUUAACCACGUGUAGCUGCAUCUCUGAAGGAGGCUAACAGAUGUACAAGAGACCUUUCCUGCUUACCUGCUGGUGCCAAUGGCAUAAUUGAGGGUGCCAGGAGGGUGAAUUCCAAGGAUACAUGACAACCCCUUCCCUGAAGAUUUUCUCUGCAAAUGCAAAACAAUGGAAACACAAAGUGAUUAGGAUGACAAAAGGGAAAUGGGAAUCAAAUUCUUUUAUUUCCCAAUCCCCCUCCC